CACCAGAAAAAAAACCUCAGCACUGCCGGAUAUUUUUGUUCAGAUCGACAGACUAUUAACGUGAGAUCUCGGGGGAUAACGUUUCACAAAAACCCCAACUUAAAGACCGCGGAGAACACUCUGGCAUCGAACACACCUGUUUGUGAUUGAUAAUCAGAGGAACUGAUGACGUUGGCACAUAUUUAAAUUGAUUGGGGGGUGGCUUACACUUGCAGGAAGAUGGGGUACCAAAGAAAAAGCAGAGUGGAUAUUCAUCUUUCCUCCUGGCGCCUGACCUCUACCCUCCUGCUGUUUGCUCUGAUCUUCCCUGCUUUCACCGUGGGGAGCCUUUUUUGUAAUUUUUGUCCCCUGAUGCCCAAAACCGAGCCCUGCUCAGUCCUCAACACGGAGUGUCUGCCCAACCAUGGCUGCGCCAGUUCCUGGGGAUGGCAAGGCUUCCGCCACGUUCUGUCCUCUCAAGGCUGCUUGGAUAUCCAACUCUGCAACUCCCAGGAGGUGGUCAAAUAUCGGGGUCAACGGUACGACCUCACUCACAGCUGCUGCUGUGGAAACAAAUGCAAUGUUACACCAAAGGUCAAUGCCAGCCUGAUUGUGUCACUUUGGUUCAAAACCAGUCCAGAUAAUCUCCUCUCCGCUCUAAUGAAGACGCUCCAGAGUCCCUGUUCGAACCAAACCGCAUCAUCUUCUGAUUCAAAAUCGUAGCUGAGUGGAGGCCUGUUGGACCUAACCUUAGAUCCCAACAGUAGACUCGCAUUUAGUCAGAUGUUUGCUUCCUGCAACUUUUUCAAAUGAUGUGAAAAUAUUGAAGGGGGAAAAAUGUAUUAUUGCAGUUAUUGGUGGUUUUUACAUGUCUAAACCAGAGAAAAGGUUCAUCCAUCCUCCUGAUUGACUGUGGCCUCUGGUCAAUAAAGAACCAUGAUUAAGAAA